GGUUUAAUUUUCUCGACAAACCGAAGGAAAACAGAGGUGCACAACGAUUCUGCCGGUAACUUUGGAGAUAUUUUUUGGGCAAAAGGGUUCAUUUUUUGGUUUUAUCUUCGUCUCGAUCGAUCUAUGACGUACAGCAAUGGCGUCGAUGGUACGGUGCCUGAGCUGAAAUUGAGAGUCGAAGAUUCCGAAAAUGGUGAUUAUGUGAAAUUGAGAGGAAGAUCGGAUGAAGAAGAAGAAGGAUCAUCGGCGGAAUCAUCGGGAUGUUCGAUAGGAUCGGUUACUUCUGUCUGGUUCUGGGUGAAAUUGAUCUCCUUGGUCGUUUGUUUGGUUUCAUUGGCAUUUGUAGUCAUCAAAUGGAUUGGUCCGUUUUUGAUCGAAAAGGAGCUGAUUCCAUUUAUAAAUUGGGUGAGAAGCACAUUUAGUAUCCCGGUUCUCGGUCUUCUACUCUUUGCCUCAGUGGCUUUGUUUCCAAGCAUUCUUCUUCCUUCUUCUCCUUCCAUGUGGAUGGCUGGUCUUACAUUUGGUUAUGGAAAAGGGUUUUUAUUGAUUUUAUCAGCUGCAUCGAUCGGUGUUACUCUUCCUUUCUUAAUCGGACAUCUCUUCCUCCACAAGAUGCAAGAAUGGUUGAAGAAAUACCCGAAGAAAGCAGCCAUACUUAGAGCUGCUGGUGAAGGAACCUGGUUUCAUCAGUUUCAAGCUGUCACACUAAUCCGUGUCUCUCCAUUCCCUUACAUCAUAUACAACUACUGCGCAUUAGCCACUGGAGUUCAUUACGGUCCUUACAUCUUAGGCUCUCUUGUUGGAAUGGUUCCUGAGAUCUUUGUCUCAAUUUACACGGGAAUAAUGCUGAGGACACUAGCAGUUGCAUCAGACACGAGACACACACUUUCGGUUGUGGAGAUAGUCGUGAAUGUUCUUGGCUUCUGUGUAACUGCGAGCGCGACUAUAGUCUGCACAAUCUAUGCGAAGAAGAAGCUUAGUGCGAUGCAAUCAGAGGACACAUUCAAUGAGCGAGACAUUUUGCUUCAGUUCAAAGACAGUAUCAGUGAUGAUCCGUACAACAGUUUGGCUUCUUGGGUCUCCGACGGUGACCUCUGCAAUAGCUUCAAUGGAGUCACUUGUAACCCACAAGGUUUCGUGGACAAAAUCGUUCUUUGGAAUACAAGUCUCGCCGGAACCCUAGCUCCGGGAUUGUCAAAUCUAAAGUUUGUUCGAGUUCUGACCUUGUUUGGCAACAGGUUUACAGGUAAUUUACCGUUGGAUUACUCAAAGUUGCAAACUUUGUGGACAAUUAAUGUUAGUUCCAAUGCGUUGUCUGGUCCAAUCCCGGAGUUUAUUGGAGAAUUAUCUAGCUUAAGGUUUUUAGACUUGUCUAAAAAUGGUUUCACCGGAGAGAUUCCGGUUUCUCUGUUUAAGUUCUGUGACAAGACCAAAUUUGUUUCACUGUCUCAUAACAAUCUCUCUGGAUCAAUCCCUGCUGCAAUUGUAAACUGUAACAGCCUCGUAGGAUUUGAUUUCUCUUACAAUAAUCUGAAGGGAGUGUUACCGCCUAGGAUUUGUGACAUUCCGGUGCUUGAGUAUAUCUUAGUGAGAAACAAUUUGUUGUCUGGUGAUGUCUCUGAGGAGAUAAAGAAAUGUCAGAGGUUGAUUCUUGUCGAUUUCGGAAGCAAUUUGUUUCAUGGAUUAGCGCCUUUUGAGGUUCUUACGUUCAAGAACAUAACUUAUUUCAAUGUCUCUUGGAACCGGUUUGGUGGGGAGAUUGGAGAGAUAGUUGAUUGCAGUGAAAGUUUGGAGUUUUUGGAUGCUUCGUCGAAUGAGUUAACUGGUAGGAUCCCAAAUGGUGUUGUGGGUUGCAAAAGUCUCAAGCUUUUGGAUUUUGAGUCUAACAAGCUGAAUGGUAGUAUCCCUGGAGGUAUCGAGAAGAUGGAGACGCUCUCGGUGAUCAGAUUAGGCAAUAAUUCUAUAGAUGGGGAGAUACCAAGAGAGAUUGGAAGUUUGGAGUUUCUACAAGUUUUGAAUCUGCAUAACCUAAAUCUCAUUGGUGAAGUUCCCGAGGAUAUAUCCAAUUGCAGAGUACUUCUUGAACUAGAUGUUUCAGGUAAUAAUUUAGAAGGAGAGGUCCCUAGGAAGCUAUUAAACUUAACAAACUUAGAGAUUCUUGAUCUGCAUCGAAACCGUCUCAAUGGAAGUAUUCCACCUGAACUUGGAAACCUCUCCAGAAUCCAGUUUCUUGAUCUUUCACAGAAUUCACUUUCAGGUUCAAUCCCGUCUUCCCUUGAGAAUUUGAAUGCACUAACACAUUUCAAUGUCUCCUACAACAAUCUCUCCGGUAUUAUCCCUCCUGUUCCAGUGAUACAAGCUUUCGGAUCUUCUGCGUUUUCAAACAACCCUUUCCUUUGCGGUGAUCCUCUUGUAACUCCCUGCAAUUCUCGUGGGGCUGCAGCAAAAUCCAGAAAUUCUAAUGCUCUAAGCAUUUCGGUUAUCAUUGUUAUUAUUGCGGCUGCUAUUAUCCUCUUUGGUGUCUGUAUAGUGCUUGCUUUGAACCUAAGAGCUCGUAAAAGGAGAAAAGAUGAAGAAAUACUUACAGUCGAAACCACUCCUCUGGCGUCUUCAAUUGACUCUAGCGGUGUUAUAAUCGGAAAGCUUGUUCUUUUCAGCAAGAAUUUGCCGUCAAAAUAUGAAGAUUGGGAGGCGGGUACAAAAGCUUUACUCGACAAAGAAAAUAUAAUUGGCAUGGGGUCGAUUGGAUCAGUCUAUAGAGCAUCUUUCGAAGGAGGGGUUUCCAUUGCAGUGAAGAAGCUUGAGACUUUGGGAAGAAUCAGAAACCAAGAAGAGUUUGAGCAAGAAAUCGGACGGCUUGGAGGUUUGCAACAUCCGAAUCUGUCUUCUUUCCAAGGUUACUACUUUUCCUCAACAAUGCAGUUGAUUUUCUCUGAAUUUGUCCCUAACGGUAGCCUCUACGAUAAUCUACACCUAAGAAUUUUCCCCGGAACCAGCUCAAGCCAUGGGAAUACCGAUUUGAAUUGGCACAGAAGAUUUCAGAUUGCUUUAGGAACCGCGAAAGCGCUCUCUUUCCUACACAAUGACUGUAAACCUGCGAUUCUUCAUCUCAAUGUUAAGUCCACCAACAUUCUUCUAGAUGAAAGAUAUGAGGCAAAGCUAUCAGAUUAUGGGUUAGAAAAGUUUCUUCCGGUUAUGGACAGCUUCGGUUUGACCAAAAAGUUCCACAACGCGGUUGGGUACAUUGCUCCAGAGCUAGCUCAGCAGAGUUUGAGAGCGAGUGAGAAAUGCGAUGUGUAUAGUUACGGUGUAGUUCUUCUUGAGCUGGUUACAGGUAGAAAACCGGUGGAGUCUCCAUCGGAAAACCAAGUCUUGAUCUUGAGAGAUUAUGUGAGGGAUUUGUUGGAAACUGGUUCGGCUUCUGAUUGUUUUGACAGAAGGUUGAGAGAGUUUGAAGAGAACGAGCUGAUUCAAGUCAUGAAGUUAGGACUCCUUUGUACGUCGGAGAAUCCACUGAAGAGACCGAGUAUGGCUGAGGUUGUGCAGGUUCUUGAAUCAAUCAGAAAUGGAUUUGGAUCAUGAGAAAGCUUUUUCAUUUUGGAGUAAAGAUUGCAUAGAUAU